UUCAAAAACUCCUAUGAACUUCGUAAACCGCAACUGUGUUAAAUAUGCCACUGUACACUCUGGGCCACUUGUGUGAAUCCAUUACCCCAGCUGUGUUAGAAAAGACUAUGAGGAUAAGCAGUGUGCCAUUUGUGAUAACAUGGAGCUGUUCCUGCUAAACUGGGAGCUAGUAAACGCUACACUAAGCACAAGGCACUAGGCCAUUGGUGACCAGCCCUACAGUCAGUCGGCUAUACAGCUUGGGUUGGUAUUGAUGAUCGGCAAUACAUCUCGGUGUGUAUAUACACAAACAUGGGAUAAAGGAAUUCUCUAUGUGUGUCUCACGACAGAGUCAGUGACUAUAGAAAUCGGGCCGUCAUAUCGUCUCAGAACUCCCAUGCUGCUUUUCUUAAUUGGCCAACAUUGGAUAAUGCCCACGGAACCGUCGAAAUAGCAACUAGCUUGGUUUCAACUGAAUACAUACACAGAGGCGGCUAGGCCGCAACAAGCGUACUCACUAACUCACCAGCCUUGCGGUCCCUCCACUGUGAGCUCUACUGUAAUGCAAGCUUAGAAAAUUAACAGACGGAUUUCACGUCUGCUGUUGUUAUAGGGAGAGACCGUCAGCCAUGAUUCCUUGGACAUUGGGGAAAUAUUUGAAGAGGAAACACGGAUAGUGUGAUGGAGACAGCAAUUCCAUUACCAAAAUGAGAAAAAUCAUCGAGAGUUUUAAGGAUGUGCUGCUUUUGGGUGCUCAUUAAAUUCGUCGGCCACAUGUUUCAUAGAGGGUAGGAUUAUCCUUGUGGAUAUUUUAUAUUUGGAUAUUGUUUCUCCCCCACGAACUCUGAAGUGUUCCCAGCACACCUGAGAGUAUGCUGCUUCCUUGGUAAUUAACAUGUGUGCUCCCCUCAGGGAUAGAUUAGUGAAUUCGAGGGCUCAUUUUCAUUUGGGCUGGCUUUAGCCAUAUCUGACUUGUUUACUACCUGGAGACUAUUGGGAGAUAUAUUCUCUAUAUUUCUCGGUAAUUAAUGUGAGUUUGGUGUCAGUGAGGGGUUGGUGUGCUUGCGGACCUCAGAGGGUGAUUUGAGGCCAGGAAGAACAAGACAUAUGGCUGAGAUUGGUGUAGAGGUGUAGUGCUUGCCAUACGGAACAUGUCUCCUUUAGUCGAGGGAGGAUGUUGCUAGGAUUAUACUGCCUCAAAGAUGGUCGCACCUAGCAGUAGAUAUAGCCAAUGUAUCUGUCCUUUAAGCCAAGCUAGGAGAGCUGAAACCUCCCCCACUGACUGUUUAUCUGGAUUUUUUUGUCCAUUCUAUUCGAUAAGGAGAGACACCACUGGCAAUAUGACAACUAUGGAUAUAGAUAUUGUUGGGGAAUCCUGAAUCACUGAGUACUACGCUGGUGUUUCAGGGGAAAGUAUUGUAUUGUGUACGGAGGAUAACGGUUGUGGAGAAUUAAUGCCACUCAGCCUGUGGUGUUGUUUUUUCAUGAAGGAUCAAGGAAUAUACUAAGAAACAAUCAUGUCUGACAUGGAUCUGAAACCACGGCCUGACCGUCCCAGGAUUUACAUGUCCAGUAAAACACACAAGGUGGUUGUCGUAUUUCCUAAUGGAGAGGUGGUUGAAGUGGCAAACCCACCUGACAAGUCAAAAGAUGACAGCAGUGUGGGGUCAUCAACAGCUGCUGCCACAGCAGCAGCAACAGCAACAGCCAGGAAUGGGCAGCUUUCACGAACGGGAUCUCUCACAGUGUUACGGAGAACCAACUCCCGGAAGACGGGGAGUAGCAGCAGCAGGGCUUCCAGUAUCAGCAUCGACAGUGUGGAGUCCUAUGCCUCCAUCGAUGUUGGUGUGGAUAAACUCCCAGGAGUUGAUGCUCCCGAAGCCUCCCAUGCGUGUUCAGUUAGAUUACGGCAACUUGUGCGGAGGUUAGAAAAAGAUGAUUUAUCCAAAGAAGAUUUAAAGAAUAACUUGGAAUAUGCAGCAUCAGUGUUAGAAUCCGUGUACAUAGAUGAGACAAGACCCGAGACCUUGGAGAGCGAAAAACAACCAGCCACAGUUCGCAAAGAGACAGAUCCUAUUUCAUCCAAGGAGAAAGGUCGGGGUUCGGCCGCAAAUACAAGGCGUCUCUGUGAGGAAGAUGAUGAACUGAGUGAGGUGGAGCCUGAUGCCGUCCCGAGCGAGGUGCGAGACUGGCUGGCCUUGACCUUCACACGCUCUAUGAGCAAUAUGAAGCGGAAAGGAGAGGAGAAACCCAAGUUCCGUAGUGUUGCACAUGCAAUAAGAGCAGGGAUUAUGGUGGACAGGAUAUACCGGCGGUUAUCUAGCUCUGUGGGAAUACAUGUGCCGCCCCAUGUCUUAAUACAAUUAAAGCAUCUUGAUGACUGGUCUUUCAAUGUCUUUGCUGUGAAUGAUGCAUCGGAUGGCCAUGCAUUGAAGUUCGUAGGUUUCACACUGCUGCAAAAGUAUGAUCUUAUCACAAAGUUCAAAAUCAACACCCAAGUCUUGGAGAGUUUCCUGUUUGCCCUGGAGUCCGGCUACAGCAAGUACCGCAACCCCUACCACAACCUCCUCCACGGUGCCGACGUUGCGCAGACAGUACACUAUGUUCUGUCUCAGAGCAAGCUUGCACACUGGUUGACUGACUUAGAAAUUUUUGCAACCAUUGUGGCAGCAUUGAUACAUGACUUUGAGCACACUGGAACGACUAACAACUUCCAUAUCAAUACAGGGUCUGAAGUGGCAUUACUGUACAAUGACCGGGCUGUGCUAGAGAACCACCAUAUAAGUGCUGCCUUCCGCAUUAUGAAGGAAGAGGAAUGUGGCAUUGCCAGCAAUCUUAGCAAGGAAGAAUAUCGGGAGUUCCGGACACUUGUGAUAGACAUGGUGUUGGCAACAGAUAUGUCCUUCCACUUUCAGCAGAUAAAAAAUAUGAAAAAUCUUCUUUCUGUGCCAGAAAAUAUUGACAAGUCAAAAGCAGUGUCAUUAGUGUUACACUGUGCAGACAUCAGCCACCCUUCCAAAGACUGGGAUCUCCACAAGAGGUGGACUGAUCUCCUCCUAGAAGAGUUCUUUAGACAGGGUGACCGUGAACAAGAGCUGGGUUUGCCCUUCUCACCUCUCUGUGAUAGGAAGAACACCCUAGUGGCUGAGUCACAAAUUGGCUUCAUUGACUUCAUAGUCGACCCCAGCUUCCAGGUGAUGGGGGAUAUGUUGGAUAAAAUACUCAGCCCACUUCACAAGCAAGAGCAAUCCGCACGCAACAUUGAUGAGGCCAUCUCAGAGGAAGUGUUUGAAGACAAAGUCAACCGAUCAUCGGGCGGAUCCAGCUUGAGUAGUCGUCCGAGUACGCCCAAAACACCUCUCUCACCGGGAGGACGAUACGAGUUAAAGCGGCCAUGGGUUGAGUGUCUGUCUCACAACAAAGUCAACUGGAAGGAGAAGGCGUUAAAAGAUGCUGAGGAGCGUCAUCUAGCAGCAGCACGAGCAAUUGCAAAUGACUCAGUCAACAGAUCCAAUACCGAAGAUUCAGAGUUGGAGAAAAAACAGGCCAAAGAAACUGAGCCUGAAAAUGAGACAAAAGACUCGACAACAGAGUCUGAUAAGCAAUCGAGUGCCAUGAACUCAGACAGUAUCAGUAUUAGGCCACUUGUGAAAGGCAUAAGCCGCAAAACCUCAACCACCGACCUACUGACGACCUCGGUGUCAAGGUCAACGUUCAGGUCACACGAAGGCAGGUCAGAGACUAUCCAAUCCGAAGAUAGCUCAGAACCGGAAAUGAUUGACUCCGGAUGUGGAACCGAUGAGCUUUCACCUUCUCAGAAGUCCCCGCGGGAGUCCCUCACCGGACGCAGCAAGCAUCUACCCCAAGUGUACGAGUCCAGCAAUUAUGAACACUCCACAACAGAAUCUGAAGGCGAGACUUACCCCAGCAGUUAGCGGGAUGAAGCGGCGAAGGAAGACCUCUUCAAAUAAUAUACUUACAGUCGAUUAAUGUUAUCCCGCCAGUCCCUCGCAGGAGAGCAUUUAACACUAAUGUUAUCUCUAUGCCAAUAUUUUCACCGACGUCAAGUAACUUGUACAUAGUUUAACAUUCCCCAAACGCUCUUCGUGGAGCAUAAUGUAAUCUUAUAGGAUGUUAUCUGAAUCAUAUUUGGUAUGUCUACUGUUGUAAUGUCCAUUCAUACUUAGGGACGAAGUUUCAUUAGAAAUUACAACAAAAUUUGUUCGCACGACCACUGGCGGAUCCAGAGAGGGGUGCGAGGGAGAGCACCCCCUUUUUCAGAUACUUUAGAUGUUAACCGUACACUCGGCCAAAUCACACUCACACACACACACACACACACACACACACACAAACACACACAAACACACUUUUCAAAAUCUUGGAUCCGCCUGUGAGGACGUAUUAAAAAUAAUAUGUUAAGGAAAAUAUAUUUAUUGAGCUCAAUUCUGAGGUAUAAAAGUGUAUUCCUUGAAACAGUAACCGAAAUAUUUGCUAUCCCUAACAACAGUUUUUAAGACUGUACCGACUGACAGAUCCAUUUCAUUGUUCACCGACCCGCUGUCCAUCUCAUGUUCAAUGUGUGGAUUUGAAUGUUGUUAUUUGUGUGUUGAACUGUACAACCCAAUGAGAGUAUGCACACUAUGUUAGGGCGUCCUGCGUCUGUUCAACAUGGUGACGGAGAAUAAUUAAUGUCAUGUACGUCAGCAAUAGGUUUUCGAGAACCACGUGGCGCCCGGUCUUAUAAUCAAACAUACUCUUUAUAUACAUCAGCAGUUGAUGAACCAGGGUCCUUAAAGAAUUACUUUUUCUUUGCAUUUCAUGUAUUUAUCGUUAAUAGCUAUCUAAUGGACCCAAGUACUACUUUCACACUGUUGAAAAGCUUCGUGUGACAAUCGUUUAUAUUAGAUCUCUUGAAAGUGGUAUACGUUCGUUAUACAAUAAGACAGUAUCGACCGGCGUCGGUAUUGAUAUUUUUCACGCUGUCUUCAAGUGUUGUGAAUGCUAAAGGGUAAAUGCUUUAGGCUGCUUAGAAGGAAGGGCAUUUGUUUAGUCCAUAUGGCAAUAAGAAUGAUCUGGAAUACAGACAAGUACACCAUCAUAUCAGCGAGGGACGAGGUAGGGCGAUGACUUGUUUUAGCCCACUGAAAAUGUCAACUUUUAAAGUUAUUGGAGCCAUUUCUAUUUCUAUAUUUUGGGCGUUUUAGAAUAAUGGGAACAUAGCAUACAGAUUCUUGUCCAAAAGAGAGAUAAGGGCAUAUUUACCUGAAAAUGUAACUAUUUUAGCCUCUACGAUUGGGAAUACUAUUAGAUGCAUGGUUUCUUAAAUUUCAUUGGUUACUUCUCAAUGCAGAUUCAGUGGUCCAAACAUUAUUCUUAUCAUACCUUGUCCCGUCUUGUUGAUUCCAAAUGUCACUGAUAGAUAUAGUGAAUUGGGUACUCUGGUUUGUCAUACUCCCCUGAACGGAUCGUAUUCGUUACAGUAUUUCUAUUACACCAGACACAGAAAAUUGAUUCAACCUAACCACUCAGAUCUACAAGUCUCACAUUUUUAUAAUAUAUUUCUUUUCUUACUGGAGUUGUUCCUUUCAUGGUUAAAUGGCAAAGGCUUUCUGUAGCAGUUCUUUAUUUUGUUAUUCAUUCGGAGUUCACAUGCUGUAUUGUGUUUUACUUUGGAUAAUCUCAGACGUGGGACUCUUGAAUAACAGAACAUGCAUUAAUGUAAUUUGGAACACAUCAAAGAAGCAUCUUGAAGAAAUGACUGGUAAACUUGCAGCUAUUUGGGAGUAGUAAAUCCUUUUGUGAUACAACAAGUGUUACCAGGAUGCAUCCGGACAUUUGGCUUUGGGUAAACUGCCCCCGGCUCAUUUCACCGUCGCUGUGUACGCGAAGGCGAUGUUUCCGAACUGUCGUGACAAUGAGAACAUAUAUAGAUCCCACCAUAAACCUUUCAAAUGGCAUGAGUCGGCUAUUUCUUUAACAUGUAUGUUAGCCCUGCGUUGCCAGUUGACGCCACGGGGAUGUCACCUGACACAUGCAUUAUGUAUAUAAUGUUACACAAUGACAAAGGAAUAGUUACCUUGUGUAAAUUGAUUGAUUCAAAGAAUUAAUCAGAAAGCAGCUAGUGGGCCGGUACGAGGUCAUUUAGUAACGACUGAUAAAACUAUAGUUGUGUAGUUGAUGGCGAUACAUCAACAUGUUAAAUUUAGCAAUAUUCGAUCCCGUAGUUUCGAUAGAAUAUCUAGACAGGAGUUCAAGACGCCGUUCUAAGACUCCUUCCUGACAUUCCUGAAACCUAUUGUAUUGAGUUUGAACCCAAGAUUCGUCAUCGCUGAUACUUAGUUUGUCAACCACGGGGGAUGAUAUCAGGUGUUAUUAUUAGAUAUCGGCUGAGAUUACUCAAAUUCCUCUAUAAACAUUCCCGACAUGGGUACAAUGUGUGAAGCCCAUUUCUGGUGUCCCCCGCCGUGAUAUUGCUUGAAUAUUGCUAAAAGCGGCGUAAAACUAAAUUCACUCACUCACUCACUCACUCACUCACCUCUAUAAACAAUUCUUUGGAGUAUUUGUAUGCACGCAGUAACAGUGAACCGUCUAUUAUGGCGCGCCUAUUUGAAUGAGAAAGGACACGCAGCUUUAAAUUAAUCAUGUAUGCUUCGCCGCUGUAAACAUAGGGAUGACUUUUAAACUUUCACUUUAUGUCGAGCAAUAUUCCGUCAACGUUUCACAACGUUUGAGAUGCAAUCGAGCAUGCUCUUUCUACCAAGAUUUCAGCGUCAUACAACUCUUUCUUAGAAGUUGUUUGAUCAAUGUUACAGCAUUCGAGGCCUCAGUAAAGCUUUCAAAAAGCUUUAUGCAAAACAUGUGGAGGACAUUCCUAAAUUUGACGCAUCAGCGCCCAAAAUGAUGACCGAUGCCAUGCCCAAUUUUGACGUGCCGUAUGUACAGACAUUUCAUAUCAAUACGGAAAGGGGUUUGUCGCUUUUAUUGAUAAAAUCUACAUUGAGGUGAAAUGUGUUUAUAUCAUAAUAUCAAACUUAAUCUUUCACUUUUAAAAACGAAAGUCCCUCAUAGAUUUGAUUUCGGAGAGUGGGAUAUUUGAGUCCGAGGACAGUGGUAUUGUAGCAUUAAUAACAGGCUGUUAACAACAUUCCUGGUGAGAAGAGGACCCUUACUACCUAAGCUUGUAGUAUAUGGCGACUUCGUGGAUCGGGUGGUCAGGCUCCGUGACCUAUGUCGUGCCCCGACAGCGUUGGUCGUUGCUCAUUAUAACAAUCACUGGUUUGUCUGGUCGAUUAUUAACUGGGGGCUGUCAUAUUGGAAUAUUGCUGCAUGUGGCAUUUAACAAUACGGAAGCAAACCAACUAACGGAAGCAAACCAACUAACGUAAGGAAUAUAAACACGUAUCUAGUGUUGUGCGGCAGAGUCAUAUCAGAGUGUUGUCUUAUCCGGUUUGUUAGUUGAUUUAUAAACUGCUACUGGGUUGAGAACAGAAAGGCCGAUUAGUCGUUUCAUUGGACUGUGUAAAUAACUUCAAUUUACGUUCUUUUCACAAAAUGCAAGUAACAAUAACAUGUGCUAGUCCUUUUUACUUCACUGGGUCGUCCAGUAGAUUAAGACGUCGCAAUGAGCUAUGCAGAGUUGCGUCCCUUAGCUUUGCCAGGAUCCUAUGAUCGUGGGUUCCAAUUCCCAUAUUUGCCCAGGGUAUGAUACUUGGAUUGUCAGCACCAUACCCCUGUUCGUGGGUUUUGACAAAGUGUAAACAUCAGACCUGCAUCACUUCGGGCUUUCCUCCCACAUCAAGCUGACAUGCUAAGUUCAAAUGGAACACUGUUCAGAUUGGUUUGAAACUCAAUCCAUCCAGUCACCCUGAAGGAGAUUGAAAGACAAGAAUCAAGAGGAAACACACCAUACUGACCCUAUUUUUCUAUAUUCUAGUUUCACAUCUUCGUUUAAUGGUUAAUAACCAAUGACAUCUACAAGAUUAUUACACGAUAUAUCCGUCUUGUCUACAAUCUUAUAUCAGACUUCAAACUGGUCGUUUUUAACAUUCAGCUCGUAAGCAGUCGACAUGCUUGUAUAUUUCUAAAUGUAUCGACUUCGAUUAUACCGUUUUAACAGUGAUAUUCAUCCAACCUUGUGAUUAACCAAAUGGAUAUUAUGAAUUAUGCAUUUCCUAGUUUUCAGAAUUGAAAGAUAUCGGUUUUAUUAAAAUUAUGAUUUGACUGUAUAUACCCCUUCCCAUAAUAAAUGUUACAUUAUUGUAUAUACAUUUACUGUAAACUGUUAAUAUUAUGGUUUAUUUCAUUCAUAUGUAAAUUAAUCUAAAACAAAAUCAAUAAA